AUGCGCGCGAUGCGAACGACGAUGCGUCAAGCGACUGAAACGAAUGAACAAGUCACGCACGGCGACCGAACAAACGGAAGUUCAGUAGUUCUCGCUGCAGCAACUGCUGCGGCGAUGCCGUUUCAUUUGAAGAAGGCUGGAUACGAUGACGGUCCGUACGAUCUACACUUGGAUCUGGAAGACGAGUCGCGGCGUUUGGACGUAAAAUGUUGUCUAAAGGCCGGCGCGUUUGCAAUCCUCCUUAUCCUUCAACUAGGUGGCUUCUUUAUAUUCUGUUGGCAUCAAGAUCUCGGGUGA